UGUCGUAAGAAAGUGAGAAACAAAACCAUACAGUGUUUGGUUUCUCCCUUCAACCAAACAGUUCCGACACCUUCCUAUUUCUCUUACUACAUAUGUCCCUAUAUAGAGUAGCUGGUUUCCUUGUUAAAACCAUACAGUAGGUUUCUUCUUUCUCUUUGUUUUGUUGCCGAAACUGACAGUCAGAGGUAGAAGCAAGGAAUAAGCUCCCAGUUACAAAAUGUGGUUAUGUGGAGUUGUUAAAACCGGACCUGAGCAAGAAAGAAAGCUAGGUGGAAAUAGAGCUGCACUUUUUGUAUAUGCUAUGGAGGCACUAGAGAACAUGGCAUUUCUGUCGAUUUCCAUAAGCCUUGUAACUUACUUCUAUGGGUAUAUGAACUUUAGCUUAACAAGAUCUGCUACCUCAGUUACCAAUUUCUUGGGAACUUCAUUUUUACUCUCGCUCUUUGGAGGUUUUAUCUCUGAUACCUAUUUGUCAAGAUUCAAGACUAGCGUCUUGUUUGGAUGCAUUGAACUAUUGGGUUACGCCAUAUUAACAGUUCAAGCACAUUUUCAUCAACUGAGACCAACACCAUGCCAAGGAGUUUCACCGGACAAGACGAAUCAAUGCGAGGCCGCAACCGGUGGCCAAGAGGCAGUUCUUUUCACUGGUCUGUACCUUGUCGCAAUAGGUACCGGCGGUGUUAAAGCUGGUCUGCCAUCCUUAGGAGCUGACCAAUUUGAUGAAAAUGACCCUAAGGAAGCUGCAGAGCUGUCUAGUUACUUCAACUGGUUCUUGUUUAGCAUCACCGUUGGAAAUAUAAUCGGUGUCACUUUUGUUGUCUGGAUAAGCACAAAUCAAGGUUGGGAAUGGUCAUACGCAAUCUGUACUAUGGCUCUCUUAUUCUCUGUAAUCUUGUUAUGUAUGGGAAAGUCAUUAUAUCGAAUAAAUGUACCUAAAGGAAGCCCCAUCAUUCGAUUUAUGCAGGUAUUUGUAGCUGCAAUUAGAAACAGAAACCUUCCAAUCCCAGACAUGACAGACGAAUUACAUGAAAUUCACGACAAGGAGAUAGGGAAACAGGAUGAAAUCCUCAAAAGGACUGAUCAAUUCAGGUUUUUGGACAGGGCAGCAAUUUUAAGAACAGAUAAUAAUGGUGCUUCAACCUCAGUAACGCCUGGGCCCUGGAGAUUAUGCACAGUUACACAAAUUGAAGAAACAAAAAUCCUAAUUCGCAUGGUUCCAAUUAUACUUAGCACGGUCUUCAUGAACACAUGUUUAGCUCAACUUCAAACUUUCACAAUCCAACAAGGCACAACAAUGGACACAAAUUUCUUCGGAUUUCACAUACCUGCCCCUUCGAUUCCAGUAAUUCCUCUGCUUUUCGUGUUUGUUCUAGUCCCAAUUUAUGAUCGCAUUUUCGUUCCGCUCGCUCGAAAGAUAACAGGAAUUCCUACCGGAAUUCGAUACCUUCAGCGAAUCGGAGUAGGGCUGGUUCUGUCAGCCAUCUCAAUGGCGGUUGCCGGAAUUGUGGAAACUCGCCGGAAAUCCGUAGCAAUUAAGCACAACAUGAUUGAUUCUACCGAGCCAUUGCCAAUGAGCUUGUUUUGGCUAGGGAUUCAAUAUUCAAUAUUUGGAGCGGCUGAUCUGUUUACUUUGAUUGGAGUACUUGAAUUUUUUUAUGCAGAAAGCUCAGCUGGUAUGAAAUCAAUAAGCACAGCAAUCUCAUGGAGUUCUCUAGCUUUUGGAUUCUUUAUGAGCUCAGUUGUGGUGGAGAUAGUGAACAGAGUGAGUGGUGGAUGGUUGGCUAACAACAAUUUGAAUAGGGAUAAGUUGAAUUACUUCUACUGGUUAUUGGCAGGGAUGAGUGUUGUAAAUUUUGGGUUUUAUUUGGUGUGUGCAUCUUGGUAUAGAUACAAGAAUGUAGAACUAAUGAAUUCUAGUGAAGCUGAUUCUAAAAGAAAGCUUGAGUUAGUUGAAAUUUAGAUAAGAUGGGUUUUGGGGAUGUUAUAUUAAACCAGUUUAGUGUUUGUUUGUGAUCUUUAUGUGUAUUUUACUUCUGCACACUUGAUGAAUGUAAGGAUAUAGUUAUAUGAGAAUAAGAAUAUUAAUAUAACUAUAUUAACUAA